AUGCCCCGGCCUAUAGCCUUCUCGGCCAAGCAGAAGCGCGAGCAACUGCAAGACAAGCGCGCCGUCAAACGCGGAGAGCUCGAUCCUUCGGAGGUACGGUACGCUCGUAAUCCCGCUGGCAACUAUCGGACCGGAGCGAACCACCGACCUGAUCCUGCCGAGGUGGACGCGUCGGCGACUCGCCUUCACAGUCGUUUCAUCGCUAUGACGCCGGAGUUCCUGGAGCGGACAAGGGAUCUCGCACAUACGUCUCUCCUCGGCCGACCGCUGGAGAACGAGGUGGCGAUCUUCCCGGCGGAGUGGAUGGAGCGGGAUGAGAGGAGAUUGGGGUGCCCUGCGCGGCCGGCGUUCAUCGCGGGUCAGACCAAGGACGAGGUGGAGAGGAAUGAAGUGGAGUCAUAUGAUCAGUGGCUGAGAGAGACGAGAGCCAUCACGGAGGGCUGGGUGGGCUCCCAGGGUAUCAAAGAGGAGGAGGACGACGAGUCGCAGGUCGACGCGCCCGGUACAUCCGCGACGCCGACGCUGAGGAGUCCGACCUGGUUCGAGACCGAUCUGGAAGUCUGGCGGCAGCUGUGGCGCGUCACCGAGUCGUCACAAAUCCUACUCCUACUCGCCGACGCCCGCUGUCCUGCCCUGCACCUCCCCACUUCGCUUCGCUCUUACUUCCAGUCACUCCGUCCACACAAGGAAGUCAUACUCGUCCUCACCAAGUCUGACCUCGUCGAGCCUGCUGCACUGGCCGGCUGGAAGCAGUGGGUCAGGACUUGGUGGGCACAGGGGUAUACAAGCGAGGAGGGAGCAGGGAGGGCGGUGCAGGUCAUUACGGUUCAGAGCUUUGAUGAUGACGGCGAUACCAGUGAGUAUAUCGCUAGGAGACGACCGAACCUUCCCCGAACAUCUCGACUACAACUCAUCGACGCUCUCCAGGUCGCUCAUGGCCGGCUUCGAUCGCGCAGCGCUCCCUUGGACAGCAAGGAUCCCUCGACAGCAGCACGGCCGAUGGAGAGUGAUGUCGACUGGGCGGAGCUCUCGGACUCACUGUCACCAUCGCUGGACCUGCAAAUCGUAGCCAGAAAAGCAGAUCCGCUCACGGUCGGGCUCAUUGGCCAGCCGAACGUUGGCAAAUCUUCCCUCUUGAAUGCUGUUCUGGGGGAGACGAGGGUCCGAGCAGGUCGCUCAGCGGGCAAGACGAAGCACUUCCAGACCAUGUUCUGGGGUUCAAAGAAGGAGGUCCGCUUUGUCGAUUGCCCGGGACUCGUCUGUCCCAGCCUGGUCGGAAUGGAAUUGCAAGCUCUAUGCGGUGUCUUGCCCAUCCCGCGCAUCCCGUCCUUACCAGCUUGCGUUCUCACGGCCGCCCGGCUUCUCCCGCUCGAACAGAUCUUCGCUAUCCCCUAUCCUCCCUCCCCGAUCGAGAAGGAUGAGUACGAGCACAAGCGGACAUGGCGCGGUGUAAGGAAGUCGCCUUCGCCCGAGCUCUUGGACGACGCACCUAUCGCGGAGCAGUGGACGGCCUGGAAGAUCAUCGAAGGGCGUGCGCUUGAUCGUGGCUAUCUGACUGCAAAGACUGGACGUCCAGACGGGAAUCGCGCAGCUACAGGCAUGAUGCUCGCUCUCGCAGAAGGCAGAGUCAGAUGGUGCUUUUACCCUCCAGGAUCAGUCGUGGAGCGCCAAGGACGAGGCAUGUGGUCAGGCGGACCUGCGCCCGCUGAGCCAGCGAAGCACUCUAGCGGAUCCGAGGGCGAGACGUCUAGGUGGCAGCGGCGGUCGAAACGGAGCUCGAGCAGCGAGGAGACCGUGAUUGGGGAUGGAGAGAGCGAUGUCGACGAGGAUCUACGAGUGUGGGCCAGGGUGGGAGCAAUACGGUUCUCAGCUUUGCAGCUGGAGGAGGAUACCGCCAGCGAGGGGGGUUCAUCAGACAGCGCAGGGGAGUCCUUCAGUGGAUAG